AUGAUUGAAAUGGAGCAAUAUGUUUUGGCAGGUGAUUGUCCCAUUAAACUUCAGCCUGUUAAGUUAGCUGUGGAGUUUGGGGCUUCAGCCUCAGCUAACUGUUCCACAACCAUCAACCACCAUGGCAUGGGCUGGGAGGCAUCGGAGGGAGCAGUAGACAUGGUGGACGAUGUCCAGUUCAUCACCUGGAGGGUAGAGAGCCUCACACACUGGGACAUAGAACCAAUUUGCUACAUCAACACAAACAAGCAGUGCGAACUCACUCUCCAAGUUACUGUUUACAAGCGUCCAGACCGGGUUUCCAUCAGCACUGUGGGUCACACAGGGCCGAUGAUUGAAGGCAGCCAGUACGAGCUCCAGUGUGAUGUUCAGAAUGUUGCUCCUGUUCAUCUCCUCACUGUGAACUGCAAAGAUGAUGAUGGAGUUCAGUACAGAUGUGAGGCAGAACUGAAACUGGGACCAGAAGGACCUCAACCUCCUCCUGUAGUGACAUCAGAUCCUCUCAACAUUACAGUGCACUGUGAUUGUCCCAUUAAACUUCAGCCUGUUAAGUUAGCUGUGGAGUUUGGGGCUUCAGCCUCAGCUAACUGUUCCACAACCAUCAACCACCAUGGCAUGGGCUGGGAGGCAUCGGAGGGAGCAGUAGACAUGGUGGACGAUGUCCAGUUCAUCACCUGGAGGGUAGAGAGCCUCACACACUGGGACAUAAAACCAUUUUGCUACAUCAACGCAAACGAGCAGUGCGAACUCACUCUCCAAGUUACUGUUUACAAGCCUCCAGACCGGGUUUCCAUCAGCACUGUGGGUCACACAGGGCCGAUGACUGAAGGCAGCCAGUACGAGCUCGAGUGUGAUGUUCAGAAUGUUGCUCCUGUUCAUCUCCUCACUGUGAACUGGUACAAAGGACAACGUCUAGUGAAAAGUGUAGAAUCUGAUCACCAUUCCUCCAUAACCCCAGUAAACUAUUCUAAUACACUCUGGAUCUCCACAAGCAAAGAUGAUGAUGGAGUUCAGUACAGAUGUGAGGCAGAACUGAAACUGGGACCAGAAGGACCUCAACCUCGUCCUGUAGUGACAUCAGAUCCUCUCAACAUUACAGAAGCGGGUGGAGCCACUGAAACUAUAUGA